GUGUCACGCAUGGCUCCCCGGGCGGUCUGGCUCCUGGUCGCGCUGUCCGGUGUCCUGAAUGUGCGCUCCUGCUGGGCUUAUACCUGUCCUGCCAUCUGCCGCUGCAGCGCAGACACUUUUCAGUGCGGCAGAGACACUCAGCUGGCCUCUCGGGCAGGAGCAGCAUCCGUGCCUCGACUACGGCUCAAUCAUCUGCCCUUGAAAGAAGUCCCAACUCAUGCAUUCAAGGACCUGGUCAACAUUACAGUAAUUGAGAUCUCCCAGAGCGACUGCAUCGCACAGAUACGGAGACAUGCCUUCCUCUCCCUCCGCAGCCUGGCUCAAAUUUUAGUGCAGAAUAUCAACAGUCUGAGGGUGAUUGAGAAGGGGGCCUUCACUGACCUGCCCAAACUGGAAUAUUUGAGCAUCUCCAACACAGGGCUGAUACACUUCCCUGACUUCACAACUAUCUCCUCCCUGGCGCCAUAUUUUAUCCUAGAAAUGGCAGACAACAUGAGGAUUGACAUCAUUCCUGCCAAUUCUUUCCAGGGUAUCACAGAGGAGUAUGUUGACAUGAACCUGGUAAGAAACGGCUUCAAGAGAAUAAAAUGUCACGCAUUCAAUGGAACCAAGCUCAACACACUGAUUUUGAGAGACAAUAGGUAUCUCAGUGACAUUGGAGAAGACGCUUUUGAAGGAGCCAUGGGUCCAAGUUCACUGGAUGUUUCUUCCACAGCUCUGAGUUCCCUCCCCCCUAAAGGACUGAGGCAGGUGAGGUUUCUAAAGGCCAUCUCUGCCUUUGCUCUGAAGACCCUCCCUCCACUGGAGAGCCUGGCUGAGCUGCUGGAGGCCGAGCUCACGUACCCCAGCCACUGCUGCGCCUUCCACACGUGGCGUCGGAAACAAAGGGAAAGCGCCUUAAAGAACUUCACAAAGUUUUGUGACCUCAGCCAAACUGAUAUAGAGCCCACUGCAGAUGGUGUGAAUCUUAUCGAUAACAUCAACUUUCAGUAUCCAGACCUGGAGUUUGAUUGCUUGACCAGCCCCUUCGUAAAGUGCACGCCAAAGCCAGACGCUUUUAACCCUUGUGAGGACCUGCUGGGCUUCCCCUUUCUCCGCUGUCUCACCUGGAUAAUUACGGUGUUCGCUGUGACUGGCAACCUGGCUGUUCUGGCUAUGCUCCUAAUUAGCCACCACAAGCUGACCAUCUCCAGAUUCCUCAUGUGUAACCUGGCCUUCGCUGACCUGUGCAUGGGGCUCUAUCUAAUGCUCAUCGCCUUCAUGGACUACCGCUCCCGACACGAGUAUUACAACCACGCCACGGACUGGCAGACGGGGCCUGGAUGUGCCAUAGCAGGGUUUUUGACAGUGUUUGCCAGCGAGCUGUCAGUAUAUACAUUGACUGUGAUUAGCCUUGAACGCAGGCACACCAUCACUCAUGCCAUGCAUGUCAACAAGAGGCUGCGGAUGCAUCAUGUGGCAGCCAUAAUGGGGGCAGGCUGGGGUUUCUCUCUGCUGGUUGCUCUGCUCCCUCUUGUGGGGGUCAGCAGUUACAGCAAAGUGAGCAUCUGUUUGCCCAUGGACAUCGACACACAAGGCUCUCAGAUUUACGUGGUCGCUGUGCUCAUUCUCAAUGUACUCGCUUUCCUGUUGGUCUGCUACUGCUACAUAUGCAUAUAUCUGAGUGUUCGUAACCCAGAGCACUCUACCCGUAACGGAGACACCAAGAUUGCCAAGCGCAUGGCUGUGCUAAUUUUCACAGACUUUCUGUGCAUGGCCCCAAUCUCCUUCUUCGCCAUCUCCGCAGCCCUGCGCAUGCCCCUCAUAACCGUGUCUCACUCAAAGAUCCUGCUCAUCCUUUUUUAUCCCAUUAACUCCCUCUGCAACCCUUUCCUGUACACCCUCUUCACACGGGCUUUCAGGAAGGACGUGUGCCUGUUGCUGAGUCGCUGUGGCUGCUGCCACGCCAACGCUGAUUUCUAUAGGUCACAGACUCUGGCUUCACACCUCAACUGUACCCAAAAAACAUCCAACAAAAAGCAUCACUCACUUAGUUUCUAUACCUUUCACAUUAAGAUGAAGGACUGCUUUCUGAAUAAGGGAGCAACAUGACCUGCAACACUGAGCUAUUUAUUAUGAACUUAAAGGCAGCAUCUGCUGCUAAACAUGGAGCACUUCAACAUUUAGGGUCAAGGUGAAGAGAUUCUUAGUACUGUAUGCAUCAGAUCACAUUUGACUAGUUUACAAAGUAUGAAUUUCAUCCGGCAGAACCAAGACACUUCAAACUGGAGACAACAGGUGCUGCAGCCUCCAUUUCUGCACGUGUAAUGUGGUACAGAGACGCAGACAGAAGCAGAAGAAAUGCAGAACAUGUAUAACAGGCCAGUUCACACAGCUGUCCUUAAGCACUGAUGAUCAUUUGUGUUAUGAUCAAGAUAUAUAUUUAGCACUUGUGUCAGAUGUUACAAAGAAGAGAUAUUUAGUUCUAUUAAAGAUAAAUACACUGAAAAUAUUUAUUAUUUUUUCCUUAGAAAGGUUAAAAUUUUAGGUUUUAAUACAAUGAGGUGAAUGGGAUCAAAUGCAGUCUUGCUUCAGCUCAUCAGAGGUGAGUUUUAGUGCCAUCUGUUGGGUUGUACU